AUGGCUCUGAGGAAAAUUGUAGGAGAUAAUGACCCAGAAUUUUUCUGCCUGGCUAAACCGAUGAUUGAUGUGUACAAGUGCCCAACUCACUACUUCAGCAAAUUGGGCUUUGAAGCAAACGUCAUCUGCAACACCAGAAGAGAUAAAAUUCCAAAUCUAUGGCUGCUCUGGAAGCGAGGUAUUCCUAAACCCUCGAUUUUUUCUAGUUCUGAUCAGAAAAUUUCAGUUAAUGUAGAUUGGAAAGGAAAAUCUAUUAUGAUUUCAUCCGUUCAUGCUAGCAAUUUUAGAACUAUUAGAAGGGAGCUCUGGAUGAUUCUUGAGGCAGUGUCGGUAUUGGCUGACCCAUGGGUUGUGGUUGGUGAUUUCAAUGCCACCCUUGCAUCUAAUGAAAAGGGGGGUCCUGGUACCUUUAACCUCGGCUCUGCCACGGAUUUUAAUGCUAUGAUAGACUCAUGUAAAUUGAUAAAACUAGCAUCUCAAGGGCCAAAAUUCACUUGGACCAAUAAUAGAAGAAUGGGCAAUGUCUCUGCAAUUCUCAAUAGAGGAUUCUGUAAUGAGGAAUGGCUGAACACCUUCCAGGAUUGUUCUCAAUUGGUCCUUCCAAGGGAUUUUUCUGAUCACAACCCAAUUCUUGUUCUCUCUGAAGCUUGCCCUAGACCUACUAAUUGUCCUUUCCGCUUUCAUAAGUUUUGGAUAGAGCACCCUGAUUUUUUGAAGAAAGUUGCUGAUUCGUGGAGUCAUAACAUCUGCAGGCCGCCAUCUUAUAUUCUUGCCCAGAAGCUAAAAAGCCUGAAGCCGAUCAUUAAAAUCUGGGCUAGGGAAAAUUUUCCAAACUUUGAGAUUGAACUGGUCAGAACAAAAGAGGCUUUGAACCAGAUUCAAACUCAAAUUGACUUGCAGGGAAUGGAUGACUCUCUCUUCGGCCAAGAAGCUGAUGCAAGAUCUGCCUAUGUGGUUGCUAUGAAAAAUUAUGAAAAAUUAUGGGCUGAAAAGUCAAGGAUUAGAUGGUUGAAGGAGGGACAUCGUAACUCCAAAGAUGAUAUAGCUUGCCACAUGUCCAAAUUCUAUGAAGAUUUUCACAAGGGAGUUCUAGUGAUAGAUCAUCUGGAUUUACUCGAUGCUAUCCCAAGGCUUAUUGAUGAGGUGGAUCUUCUAUCUCUGGAUGCGAUCCCAGGUCCGAAUGAGAUAAAACGUGCAGUGUGGGAUCUGGACCCUGACAGUUCUCCAGGUCCAGAUGGCUAUCCCGGAUAUUUCUUUCGAUGUUGUUGGAAUAUUAUUUCUGGAGAUUUUGAAAGAGCAGUGAAUGAUUUAUUUACUUCAGGAUUGAUGCCACCGGGUAUGAACAAUAACUUAUUAGUUUUAAUUCCCAAAAUUAACGGGGCUAUGUCUCUUGACAAAUUUAGGCCUCUCUGCCAUGGGUAA